CAAGCUUUUCAUAAAAAGCCAGCCGUUUUGUAAGAUUUAGAAUAUGAAUACCUUAUGUUUUGUUUUUGGAUAUAUAAGGUGUCAAAAAAUAUCUUUAAAUUCCCAGUGUUCCAUAUCAGAAACGAGUUUUUAAGAAACUACUAGAGUUUUGGUUGAAAGGUCUGUAAGAGAAAGUUGUUUUGGGGGAAAUGAUACCUGUUGGUAUCGGAUUCAAAAUGGAAACACUCUCCAACUCUGCCCCCAACGCCGCCACCACCACCACCUCCAAUGACGGUGAGAAAGCGACGGCCGCUCAGGUGAUCACUCCUGAAUUUAGGCUUGCAAAUCACUUAUUACUCUCGAAAUCACUUGCAAAUCGAAUUGAAGGACGUGAUCAUGGCUAACACACUCUACUUCAAAGGAUUAUGGAGAGAUAGUGGCACCUUCAGAGAAAAAGAUACACAGGAUGGUGACUUUCAUCUCUUGGAUGGUGGUGGCUCAGUGAAGGUUCCCUUCAUGGAUGGAAGUCACAACCAUUACGCCAUUGCUCAUCAUUAUCAAGAUUUCAAGGUCCUCAGUCUUAAUUACAAGGAAGCCAACGAAAAUGGCCCCAAAAGGAUGUACGCCAUGCACAUUUUUCUUCCUGAUGAAAUCAACGGCUUGCCGGCUUUGGUCGAAAAGGUAUGUACUGAAUCUGAAUCUCUUGAAAACAUGCUCCCGAACGGUUAUAAAAACUUAGGUGUGUUAAAGAUCCCAAGAUUUAGGCUAUCUUUUAUGGUUGAGGCUUCUCCAAUGUUAAAGAAGAUGGGUUUGGUGUUACCAUUCAUGGAAGGAGCUUUGACUGAAAUGGUGAGGAGAGAGCUGCGUAUAUUUCCGACAUUAUCCAGAAAUGCAUCAUUGAAGUGAACGAAGAAGGGACCAAAGCUGUUGCAGCUGGAAGGUUGCAAAUACCUACCACUGCAGGAAGAGGAAGAAGAACAAGGGAGAAGCCUCCUCCUCCUUUUGACUUUAUUGCAGACCAUCCAUUCUUGUUUCUGAUCAGAGAACAAUUUACUGGAACUGUUCUUUUUGUUGGUCAAGUGCUCAAUCCUCUUUACGGUUAAUGCCAUGGUUAUCAAUAUACCAAAAACCUCAAAUUACUAGGUUACUGGUGAGUUAUUGGUCCAACUUUAUGAUAUGAAGACGAUUCGAUGCGAAUGCUAAUUGAUCUAAUUGAUCCUCAUUAUACUCUAACAAUAUUAAAGCCGACUUGUAUCUUGUAACUUCUAACUUCUAAGCACAGUCUUAUCCUCGUAUAUGGUAGUAUUUUUGUGGUUUAUUAAGAAAUUACCUGAAAAUUUUUCU